GUCAUUGCUUAGUGUAAUUCUACUAGGAUUGGCAAGCAUGGGUUGGCAAGCAUAUUUCAUAUCUACUUUCAUCUGCGCCAGUCUAUCGGAGGGUGUUUUAAAAGUUAACUCACACAGGAACACAGUCAGGAGAUUCCCCGACGGUUUCCUCUUUGGAACUGCCACAUCUGCUUACCAGAUUGAAGGAGCUUGGAAUGUCGAUGGAAAGGGAUUAAGCAUGUGGGACUAUCAAGUUCAUUUGAAUCCAAGUCCUAUUAUGGAUGGAUCCACUGGCGAUGAUACCGCUAAAUCUUAUUACUUGUACGAGAGGGACGUCGAGAUGUUGAGAUAUAUGGGAGUGGACUUCUACAGGUUCUCUCUAUCUUGGCCGCGGAUUCUACCUACGGGUUUCUCCAAUCAAAUCAAUCGAGCUGGCGUAGAGUAUUAUAAUAAAUUGAUCGAUGAACUACUGAAGCACAAUAUUGAACCAGUUGUCACCAUUUAUCACUGGGAUCUACCUCAAAGAUUCCAGGAAUUGGGGGGAUGGGCUAACCCGAGCUCAGUAGAUUGGUUUGGCGAUUUCUCAAGAGUUGCGUACUCCUUUUUUGGAGAUCGAGUUAAAUAUUGGGUCACUAUUAAUGAACCUACACAAAUCUGUUACUACGGUUAUGAACACUUAGCGAUGGCCCCUUACCUGAAUUUUAAGGGAGUGGGUGAUUACAUGUGUUCUAAGAAUAUUCUGCUUGCGCAUGCUAGAGCGUAUCAUAUCUACGACGACGAGUUUAAAAAAUCGCAAGGUGGUGCAGCGUUUAUAAGUCUUAGUGCGUCAUGGUUUGAACCUUUAUCUGAAGAACAUAAAGAUGCAGCUGCAGAGGCGCGUUUUUUCGACUUGGAUCACUACGCAUAUCCUAUCUUUUCGAAAACUGGCGGCUGGCAUCCAAUAUUUAAAGAAAAGAUUGAUAAGAAGAGCGAAGAGCAAGGUUUUCUCAGGUCAAGGCUUCCCGAAUUGUCCGAUGAAGAAAUUAAAUACGUACAGGGAACAUCUGAUUACUUUGGCUUGAAUCAUUACACUACAGGUUACGUUUAUAGAAAUUCUUCCGUGGACGGUGUAUUCGAAGUACCUUCACGCGACGAUGAUCUCGGUGUGAUCAUAUAUCAACCUACAGCAUGGUUAAGUGGUACACCCACCUCCUACGUGAAGAUGGUACCGUGGGGCUUCUACAACCUUUUGACGUAUAUCAAAGAGCAAUACGAUAAUCCUCCAGUAUACAUAACUGAAAAUGGUUGUUCAACUGGAACUGGCUGGAAUGAUGAAUUUCGUGUGACCUACUACCGGAGCUACCUUAGUGCCUUGUUGGACGCACUCGAGGACGGCUGUGACGUCAGAGCGUAUACAGCUUGGAGCCUUAUGGAUAACUUCGAAUGGACCAGUGGUUUCACGUAAGCAUUUUUCAAAUUGUGUUCGUUUACUGCUUGUUUGCAGAACUUAUUUUUACAAGUUUCUAAUUAAUUUGAUUUGUUAGUAUGUUAGUUAUUAGUGCGCAAAUUUUGGAAUUCAAAUUUGACCCACUCCGCAAUGCCAGAUAGAU